AUGACCUGCAAGCCUGGAAAAUUUUGCAGGGCAGUUUCACUGGACGGCUCUGCAGAGCUGUGCCAUUUGAAUUUCAGCACAGACUCCGCACACUGUGCUCUCCAUUCCUGGCGCGUCUCCCAGUGCAGAGGCUCGGGUUUAGCUUUCGCUCCCCUCUCUCCCCGCAGUGAGAGCUUCCCCGGCUCGCCGGCCCAGACUCCCGAGCAGUCAUGGAGGAUACGACUCUGCAGAUUAUCGAACCCCCAACUGUCUCCGAGGCCUCCGAGGAGCAAGUGCCCGAGGAGCCCAUCAAAGCAGACCAGAUCAACGGCGUGAUGGUGCUGACCCUUCUGGACAAGAUCAUUGGAGCCGUGGAUCAGAUCCAGCUGACCCAAACACAGCUGGAGGAGAGACAGCAAGAGAUGGACAGCGCAGUGACCAGCAUCCAGGGAGAGCUGACCAAGCUGACAAAGGCGCACACCACCACCAGCAACACCGUCAACAAGAUGCUGGAAAAAGUGCGCAAGGUGAGCGUCAACGUGAAAACUGUCCGGCAGAACCUGGAGAAGCAAGCUGGGCAGAUAAAGAAGCUGGAGGUCAACGAAGCGGAGCUCCUGAAGCGCAGAAACUUCAAAGUCAUGAUCUACCAGCCCAAGCGGAUCCAGAGCGUGCGCGCUGAGGCCUCGCCGGGGACUGCCCUCUGAGCCGUCUCCAGGAGCGGUUCCCCUGCCCGCGCUGCGAAGGUGCCACGGCCCAGCCAGCAGAAGACGCGCGAGGAGGCAGCAGUUUAGGGCCCCGGCAGGAAUCUCCCCCCCGAAGAUCGCUCUGAACCUCUCCUGAAGCUCUGAGAGCUGCUGAUUCCAGAGCCUUUCCCUCUCCGCCAGCCUUCAGCCCUGC